GAUGUAUCUGUAAAUUUCAAACUCCAUUAGUGGAUUCCUGAAUAUGUUGCUCAGAAGAUCAUUUGGUUAUGUGAUACAGCAACAUUAUCGUAUCGUUAGACAAACUGAAUCAUCAACGUUAGCACCUAUUUCGACUGUGCCAGAUGCUAACUUAUCAUCUUCAAUACACAGCCCUACUAUAAUACGGAGACCUGGAGAAAUUAUAGAUGUGCCAACGUUAAUACGAGGGCACUGGUCUUACCCAGCUGUCGGAUUUAAUAGCAUUCUAGAACUUCCUCUUUAUAUAUUUGAGGGUGAUAACGGGUUUCCGACUCCAAGGAGAACCCAUCAAGUACCCAAUGAUAUUUUUGGAUUACCUUUAAGGCCGGAUAUUUUGCACCGUUGUUAUAUGUUCUAUAGAAGAGCCAAAGCUGGAUAUAGUGAGGAUAUGCAAUUGUACAAAUGGGAAUGGCCUGGAAGUACACGAAAAUGGCGCAAACAACAAAAGACAGGGAAGGCUCGUAUCGGAUGGAAGAAAUCUCCAGGGAAAUAUUUAGGGGUAUUCGCACAUCCAAUCAGACCAGGAGACCAACGGACCAAACUUCCACGUAGAGUGCUAUGGACUGGCCUCAAAAUAAUGCUUUCUGCGAAGUUUGCGCAGUCUCAGAUAAACCUGGUCGAUUCCUUCCUAAUGAAGUCUCACAAAACAAAAUAUGCUGUAUGCAACUUGAGAAGAAUUUUGGGUAAUAAUUGUAACUCAGCAUUGCUUGUUUUUUGUGGUAACUCGGAUUCUAACGAAAACUUCCGUUGGGCCACGGCUAACAUUCCGGCUGUAAGAUUGGAGACAGUAGAGGGUUUAAACGUAUAUAAUUUGCUGAAAUACAGGCAACUGGUAAUAACUGAAAUGGCUUUAAAAAAACUCAUUCACUUGAUUCAUGAAUAUCCACGUAAGAUGAAUUGGCUUCCGAGAUUUGCUACUCCGAAUAAUACACCUGCUCCAAUACCUCAGAAAGUAGACGGGUGGAAUCAAGCGUGGAUUGACAACAAAAUCGCAAAAAAUAUGGCAUCAAGAACAAGAGAACAAUGGUUAGAAGAUGUGAAAAAAUGGAAAUGGUCUACGUCGAUUAAAGGUGCUAUAAAGGUCCAUAGAAAUGAUCCUCUGGAGGCUUUUAGACUUAUUCACAUUUCGCACAACGUAAAUCAAGAAGCUAAAAUACGAUAUAGAUACCUUUAUGAUUCCGUCUCCGAUCCUAUGGAAUCAUUAGACAUAGAAGAUGCCAAUGAUGGUUUGAAUGAUGACGCUCAACAACAUACUGUUACAUGGCCAGAAAAUGACAUUUUACAAACAUAGUAGACCAUCUCAUAAUUUUAACAUUUCAGAUUA